UAGGCUGCGAGCUGAGCUCCCCGAAGCGGCGGCGGCGGCGACAGCGCGGCUUGGUCUCUGGCCCCUUCACUCCGCGCCUUCUGCAGCCGUUCACUGCAGCCGCGCGGCGGGGCUCCCUCCUUGCAGCCAGCUGGCGGCCCCAGCCUGGUGCCUUGGCAAAGGAAAAGGGCGCGCGAACACGCGUUCGAGGCGGGGCCGGAGAGGAUCUCCUGGGCACCGCUCGCUCCUUGGCCGGCUUGCUUGCCCGCAGUUGCUCCCUCAGUCCUUCGCUCGCUAGCGCAUCCCCUCCCACACGAGGGAGUAAUUUUGGGUGGCGCGGGCUCCGUCCUCUUCUUGGCUGGUGGGAACCGUGUGCCCAGAAGAGGAAGUCUGGUGUGCCUGGCCCCUCCCAGCCCAGCGCCGAUGAGUGCAAGGGAUCCCAAGGAGCUGAGGCUGGCGCUGCCGCCGUGUCUCCUCAACCGGACCUUUGCUUCCCCCAACGCCAGCGGCACGGGCAACGCGAGCGCCCGUGGCCCGGGCGCAGGAGGCGGCGGCGGCACGUGCAUCACGCAGGUGGGACAGCAGCUCUUCCAUUCGUUCUCCUCCACGCUGGUGCUGAUUGUCUUGGUCACCCUCAUCUUCUGCCUCAUCGUGCUGUCCCUCUCCACCUUCCACAUCCACAAGCGUAGGAUGAAGAAACGGAAGAUGCAGAGGGCUCAGGAGGAAUAUGAGCGGGAUCACUGCAGCGGCAACCGCGGCGGCAGGGGGCUUCCCCAACCCGAGGGCGGCCAGGCCCCAAACCAAGCAAAAGAAAGCCGGCUGGAGAAGCAGGGAGGGGACGCUGCUUUCUGCGCCUCAUCCAACGCCUCUUCUUCCCCUGGCCUCCCGUGCCAGAGUCCCUGUGCUCCUCCGCCUCCACCACCGGCCCCCAGUCCGCAAGGAGCGCACACAGCCUCCUCCUGUUUGGACCCAGCUGGCGAGGGCCUUUUGCAAACGGUGGUACUGUCCUGAUUGUCUAGUCCCUCUCCUCUUCCCUUCCUCGUUUCCAGCAUCUUUGCUGUCCUUGCUCUUUUUUCUCCGGCCUUCCUCUUCCACUUUCCUGUGGCCUCCCUUUCCUCUUCCUUCUUUCCUUAUUUGUCUUCCCCCUACUCUUUUUCUCCUCCGCCGAGGCACUGUGCGGUAUUUGUAAAUAUUGGGCGAGGAAAGUCUCGGAAGAAGAAA